AUGCGAUCAAUGAUCGCCACUAUUAAGUUCGUGGUGUCUCUUUUGCAACAGUUUUUCCGGUACCAACUCCAAGGCACUGUAGAGAGAUACUGCCAGAGGGCUCUCUACAUGGUCUACCCUUACGUCACGAUCACUUUCAAUGAACUCAAGGCCAACCGGCUAUCUCGCCCUGAACUCUACUCCGCCAUUGAGAGCUAUCUCAGCUCCCAUUCAUCCACGCAAGCCAAGCGGCUGAAGGGCGAGUUACUCAAUAACAACUUGUCCAAGGUGGUGCUUAGCGCAGACGAGCAUGAAGAGAUCACAGAUGAGUUUCAAGGGGUCAAGCUAUGGUGGGUAUCCGGGAAGACCAUCGCCAACACCGUAACACUUUCUGCCCAAAAUGAUGAGAAAAGGUAUUACACGCUGACUUUCCACAAGAAGCACAGGGAUCUCGUCGUUGGACCAUAUUUGAGCUAUAUCAUGAAGGAAGGAAAAGCAAUUAAAGUUAGAAACCGGCAGCGGAAGCUUUUUACUAACAAUGGUCCACAGUGGAGAUAUGUAAUGCUUGAGCAUCCUGCAACAUUCGAAAAUCUUGCGCUGGAGGCAGACAAGAAGAAGGAAAUUCUUGAAGACUUGAUCACGUUUAGCCAAGCGGGAGAGUACUAUGCGAGAAUUGGAAGAGCUUGGAAGAGGGGUUACCUUUUGUAUGGUCCUCCGGGGACUGGGAAGUCCACCAUGAUCGCAGCCAUAGCCAAUCUUCUCAGCUAUGAUAUCUUCGACCUUGAAUUGACAUCCGUGAAGGAUAAUGCCGAGCUGAGGAAGCUUCUAAUUGAGACAACGAGCAAAUCUGUAGUUGUAAUUGAGGACAUUGAUUGUUCUCUGGACCUCACUGGUCAGCGGAGGCAGCAAGCAGAGGUUGCGAAACAGAAACCAACAAGGGAAGACAGUGAGCCCAAACUAAGCUUAGUCACCCUUUCGGGACUUUUGAACUGCAUUGACGGGCUAUGGUCAGCUUGCGGAGGAGAAAGACUGAUCAUUUUCACGACCAAUUAUGUCGAGAAACUCGACCCAGCUCUCAUCAGGAAAGGAAGAAUGGAUAAACACAUUAAACUUUCAUACUGCAGCUUCGAAGCGUUCAAAGUGUUGGCAAAGAAUUACCUUCUGCUAGAUGAUCACCAACUCUUUGACAAGAUUCGCCAGUUACUGCAACAAACUCAGAUUACCCCGGCUGAUGUUGCAGAGCAUUUGAUGCCCAAAACUCACCCCCCGAAUCCUGAGGUGUGCUUGAAUAGUCUGGUGAGGAGCCUUCAAGCGGCUGCAGUGAAUGCGAGACCCAAAGCUGCUGCAGCCAAUGCGAGACCGAAAGCAGAUGCAGUGAAUGUGAGACCGGAAUCGGAGAAAGAACUGCAUCAGGAGACUGCUGCAGUGAAUGCGAGACCAGAAGAGGCGAAAGAACUGCAUCAGGAGAAAGAAACCACUUAUAGAAAAUUACUGCCGUACCAACUCCGCGUCAUUCUAGAGAAAUACUGCCAGAGGGCUCUCCCCUUCGUCAACCCUUACGUUCAAAUCCGUUUCAGUGAACUCUGCAGCGAAAAUCUGAUGCGCACUGAACUCUACUCAGACAUCGAGAGCUACCUGAGCUAUCAUUCAUCAACGCAGGCCAAGCGCCUGAAGGCCGACUUACUGAAGAACAGUCAGUCCAAGCUGGCGCUUAGCGUAGAUAGUUCUGAAGAGAUUGCUGAUGAAUUUCAAGGGAUCAAGCUAUGGUGGGCUUGUGGGAAAACCAUGUCCAGUACCGGAUCACCUUCGCUCCAUAAUAAGACAAGGUAUUACAGGCUGACUUUCCACAAGCAGCACAGGGAUCUCAUCAUUGGGCCGUACCUGAGCCAUGUCAUGAAGGAAGGGAAAGCGAUUAAGGUUAGAAAUCGGCAGCGCAAGCUUUAUACUAACAACGGCCCAUUUUGGAAACAUGUGGUGUUUGAGCAUCCUGCAAACUUUGAAACGCUUGCGUUGGAAGCAAAGCAGAAGAAGGAGAUUCUUGAAGACUUGAUCACCUUUAGCCAAGCGGAAGAGUAUUAUGCGAAAAUUGGAAGAGCUUGGAAGAGGGGUUACCUUCUGUAUGGUCCUCCGGGGACUGGGAAGUCCACAAUGAUCGCAGCCAUGGCCAAUCUUCUGAACUACGAUAUAUAUGACCUUGAAUUAACAUCCGUCAAGGAUAAUGCUGAGCUGAGGAAACUUCUAAUUGAGACAAUGAGCAAAUCGGUGAUUGUGAUUGAGGACAUUGAUUGUUCUCUUGAUCUUACUGGGAAGAGGAAGCAGACGAAGGUAAAACAAGAAGUAGAGGUCCCGAAGCUCCCGAAGCUUACAAGGCCGAAGUAUCUUACUGACAGAGAGCCUAAACCAAGCCAAGUUACUCUUUCCGGGCUGUUAAACUUCAUAGACGGAAUAUGGUCAGCCUGCAAAGGAGAAAGGUUGAUUGUUUUCACGACCAAUCACGUCAAGAAACUCGAUCCAGCUCUCAUAAGGAAAGGAAGAAUGGACAAACACAUUGAACUUUCGUACUGUAGUUUUGAAGCAUUCAAAACGUUGGCCAAAAAUUACCUUAUGCUAGAUGACCACCAACUGUUCGCCAAGAUUGGCCUGUUAAUGAAACAAACUAAGAUGACCCCGGCUGAGAUUGCAGAACAUUUGAUGCCCAAGACUCUCCCUCCGGAUCCUCAGGUGUGCUUGAACAGUCUAAUGCAGAGCCUAGAAGCGGCUGUAGAACGUGCGAGAUUGAAAGUUGGGGAAACUAUCAAUAAGAAUACAGAAAUCACUGCCAUUGUUGAAGAAACCAAAGAAGAAAACAAGGGAAGCACUGGCCAAACAGGAUUGCAAAUACAAACAGCAUUACCUUUAGCUGCUGGAGAGCAACAUGACAAAGAGCCUAGCACGAAACCUGUUGUAUCUGAUGAUUAA